CGACCGCGCACAAAAUCGGGGCAAUCCCUCGUGGUCGUCCCCCUCUUCUUUUCUUCUUCUCAGAUUCUUCCUCGCCGGAUUGAUCUUUGUUUUUUUCUUCCUCCCUUUCUUCUCUGUGUGCUCCUGGCCGGUAUCAGGGUCCUUGUUUCUACUCCCCCUCUCCUUCUCACCCCUCCUUGUUGCUGUUUACCCCACCAUGUCAGUCGGCAAGAACAACGACAUCUCUGCUGGCCCAGACUCCGAGAUUGACAUCGACGAGGAUGGCAAGGACCUGGCCACUCAUGUCUCUCGGGUCGAAGAGGGAGGAGUCGUUGCCAAUUCCAACAAGCCGAACCCGAAGAAGGAGGCUCCUCUCUAUGUGGCUGGCCUCUCCCCUGAAGAGAGAGAACAGGCUGAGAAAAGGCUCGUUCGCAAGAUCGACUCCCGUCUCCUGCCAAUCGUCAUUCUUAUGUACAUCCUGAACUAUCUGGACCGUAAUAAUAUCGCUGCGGCUAGGUUGGCGGGUUUGCAAGAGGAUUUGGGCCUGACCAGUGUGCAGUACCAGACUAGUGUUAGCAUUCUCUUUGUGGGUUAUCUUCUGAUGCAGAUUCCGUCCAAUUUGUUCUUGAACAAGUUGGGAAAGCCUGCCAUCUACUUGCCCUCCGCGAUGAUGCUCUGGGGUAUCAUCUCCACUGCCACGGCGGGUGCUCAGAGUUAUGGUGGCCUCGUGGCAGUGCGGUUCUUCCUCGGUUUCGUCGAGGCUGCAUAUUUCCCUGGUUGUCUGUACUUCCUAAGUGCAUGGUAUACCCGCAAGGAACUUGGAUUGAGAACUGCCCUGCUCUAUUCGGGAUCUUUGAUCUCAGGAGCGUUUUCUGGACUCGUAACUGCCGGUAUUACCGGGAACAUGGAUUACACGAGAGGACUGCGAGCCUGGCGGUGGCUCUUUAUCAUUGAGGGGGCUAUCACCAUCGUCGUGGCCUUCCUGUCUAUGUUCAUCUUGCCGAACUUUCCCCGCACAACAGGCUGGCUCACUGAGCAGGAAAAAGAAUUGGCCGCCUGGCGUCUAGAGGAAGAUAUCGGUGAGGACGACUGGGUUGACUCCGAGGAGCAAUCGUUCCUCCACGGAGUCAAGCUCGCCGCCAUGGAUAUCAAGACGUGGAUUCUGAUGGUCCUGGUCUUUUGCAUGGUCUCCUCUGCUUCCGUUACCAACUUCUUCCCCACCGUCGUCGCGACCCUUAAAUACGGCCAGAUCGAGAGUCUUCUCCUCACGGCCCCUCCGUACGUGCUGGCAGUCAUCACUGCCUUCCUCAAUGCCUGGCAUGCAGACCGCACGGGAGAACGAUACUGGCACAUCACCCUUCCACUGUAUGUGGCUGUCGCAGCAUUCAUCAUCGCUGCCUGUACAACCGCCGUGGGACCACGCUAUCUCGCCAUGAUGCUCAUGGUUCCUGGCGUGUAUACCGGUUUCGUCGUGGCUCUGGCCUGGAUCUCCAACACCCUACCCCGUCCGGCAUCGAAGCGUGCUGCCGCCCUCGCGGCCAUCAACGCUGUCAGUAACGCCAGCAGUAUAUAUGCCAGUUACAUGUACCCUAGCAGCGCUGGUCCCAGAUAUGUUGUCGCCAUGUCCGUCAACUGCGCAACCGCCUUCAUCGCCAUCCUCUCCGCCACUGUCCUCCGUAUCAUCCUUGCCCGUCUGAACAAGAAGCUCGACCGCGGCGAGGCCGUCGCUGGCGCCAUCGCCAUCGGUGGAGGUGUCCCCGGCCAAGCGAGCCAGAGAGGAUUCCGCUUCUUGCUAUAGGAAACGUGUCUACGAUGAUCUCAAUUUCUUUUUUCUUGGUUUUUUUUUUUUUCACCUCCUCGCUCAUAUUCAUGUCCUCCCCUGAAGGGGGAAUAU